AUGGGUGAAGCUGCAGGUCGAUGUGAAAUACAUCUACAAAAUGAUUGCUCACAAGUUUCAAAUGAGUUGUUGACAAGCUUUCAAGAAACCAUUAAUAAUAAUGAUAAAAAUUAUGUUAUUUUAGAACCAAAUCAAAAAUAUAACGAAAGUAAUCAAGAACAUGAAGAAACUACAUUAUUGUUUGAGAGUGACGAUGAAUUAAUUAAUUUGAAUGAAAGUGAAGACAAAAAUUAUGAAUAA